CGGCUGAUCUUAGCGGCGGGCUCGGGCUCGGCCUGCCACCGCACGCAGGACCGAGGCUGCAUGCCAGAGGACCAGGCCCACGCAGCCAUGGAGGAGGCGUCUCCCUAUUCCUUACUUGACAUCUGCUUGAGUUUCCUGACCACUAACCUUGAGAAGUUCUGUUCAGCAAGACAAGAUGGCACGCUGUGUCUGCAGGAACCUGGAGUAUUUCCACAGGAGGUGGCUGAUCGACUUCUUCAGACCAUAGCAUUUCAUGGUCUCCUGAAUGAUGGAACUGUGGGAAUUUUCAGAGGUAACCAGAUGCGCCUAAAGAGAGCUUGCAUUCGCAAAGCAAAGAUUUCAGCUGUUGCUUUCCGGAAAGCCUUUUGCCACCACAAGCUAGUAGAACUUGAUGCCACGGGUGUGAAUGCUGACAUCACUAUCACAGACAUCAUAAGUGGCCUUGGCAGUAACAAGUGGAUCCAGCAAAAUCUUCAGUGCUUAGUAUUAAACUCAUUAACUCUGUCCCUUGAGGAUCCGUAUGAGCGGUGCUUCAGCCGGCUUUCUGGUCUUCGAGCUCUGAGCAUCACUAAUGUGCUCUUUUACAAUGAAGAUCUGGCUGAAGUGGCUUCGUUGCCUAGACUCGAGAGCCUGGACAUUUCUAACACCUCAAUCACAGAUAUCACUGCCCUGUUGGCCUGCAAAGACAGACUCAAGUCUCUCACCAUGCAUCAUCUAAAAUGUUUAAAAAUGACUACUACCCAGAUCCUGGAUGUUGUGCGUGAACUAAAGCAUCUGAAUCAUCUUGACAUCUCAGAUGAUAAACAGUUCACAUCAGACAUAGCCCUUCGACUAUUAGAGCAAAAGGACAUCUUGCCCAAUCUUGUCUCCCUGGAUGUUUCAGGGAGAAAGCAUGUGACAGACAAAGCUGUCGAAGCCUUUAUACAGCAGCGGCCUGGCAUGCAGUUUGUAGGUUUGCUGGCCACAGAUGCUGGCUACUCUGAAUUCCUUACGGGCAAGGGACACUUAAAGGUGUCUGGAGAAGCCAAUGAAACCCAAAUUGCAGAAGCGUUAAGGCGGUACAGUGAACGGGCAUUUUUUGUCCGGGAGGCUUUGUUUCAUCUUUUUAGCCUGACUCAUGUGAUGGAAAAAACGAAGCCAGACAUUUUAAAGCUUGUGGUUACUGGGAUGAGAAACCAUCCUAUGAAUUUGCCUGUGCAGCUGGCUGCAAGUGCCUGUGUGUUCAACUUAACUAAACAGGAUCUUGCUUUAGGCAUGCCUGUCCGGCUCCUCGCUGAUGUGACCCAUUUGCUGCUCAAGGCCAUGGAACAUUUUCCUAAUCACCAGCAGUUACAGAAGAAUUGCCUCCUCUCACUUUGCAGUGACCGGAUUCUUCAAGAUGUUCCAUUUAACAGGUUUGAAGCAGCCAAGCUUGUCAUGCAGUGGCUUUGCAACCAUGAAGAUCAGAACAUGCAAAGGAUGGCAGUUGCUAUCAUUUCCAUCCUGGCUGCCAAGCUUUCUACAGAACAAACUGCACAGCUUGGUGCUGAGCUCUUCAUUGUCAGGCAACUUCUUCAAAUAGUGAAGCAGAAAACGAAUCAAAAUUCCGUGGACACUACAUUGAAAUUUACUUUGAGUGCACUUUGGAACCUCACAGAUGAAUCCCCAACGACGUGUAGACACUUCAUUGAGAAUCAAGGGUUGGAACUCUUCAUGAGGGUUCUAGAGUCUUUCCCAACCGAGUCAUCCAUUCAACAAAAAGUUCUAGGACUUUUGAACAACAUAGCCGAAGUCCAGGAGCUGCACUCUGAGCUCAUGUGGAAGGACUUUAUAGACCACAUCAGCAGUCUCCUGCACAGCGUCGAGGUGGAAGUCAGCUACUUUGCAGCUGGAAUUAUCGCCCACUUGAUAUCCAGAGGGGAACAAGCGUGGACCUUGAGCCGAAGCCAGAGGAAUUCUCUUCUUGAUGAUUUGCAUUCAGCUAUUUUGAAAUGGCCAACUCCAGAGUGUGAGAUGGUAGCAUACAGGUCCUUUAAUCCAUUCUUUCCACUACUUGGCUGUUUUACGACUCCUGGAGUCCAGCUGUGGGCAGUUUGGGCCAUGCAACAUGUCUGCAGCAAGAAUCCUUCAAGGUAUUGCAGCAUGCUGAUUGAAGAAGGAGGACUGCAGCAUUUGUACAAUAUCAAAGAACACGAGCAGACAGAUCCCUAUGUCCAGCAGAUUGCGGUGGCCAUUCUGGACAGUUUAGAGAAACACAUUGUGCGCCAUGGAAGGCCCCCUCCCUGUAAAAAGCAGCCCCAGGCCCGGCUGAAUUGAUAGCCAUAGAUAGUUGGGUAAUGAACAAACAAUGGGAAGCAUUUUUGUGGUUGGUUCAUUUGGAAUA